UCCACAUACAAAAACCAAACGAUCUUAACCUCUGGAUCUUGCAACCCCCACGAAAUUUGGUGCCCAAUUAGCAGCUGAAUUAAAUUAUAUUAUUAUUAUUAGUUCGAAAAGGAUUCAUGCGUAAAUUUUUAGAAAAGUAAAUAAAAAACUUGGGAGGGAAAAUUGAUAAGGGAUUUUUUUUUGAGAAGAAGAGUGGUCGAAGCAAAAUUAGGGUCGAAAGCUGAAACUAUUUAUCUCAAGCUCAAGAAGAAGAAUCAGAAAUAUCUGUCUCAGUUCCAUCUUCAUUUUUGUUGUAUUUCACAGCCUAAUGGGUGUCACUUGGGAUGUUUGACUAAGUAGGAGAUUAUAUGGUGAUAGAUGAGGGGGUUGUGUAUCUGGAAGUUAUCAGGCAGGUUCGUUCCUACAAACUUUAGUUGUGAACUUAGAUAGCCGUUCCCCCAUUGGAACCACUCUCUGAAGGCCAAACCGAUAGGUCCCCGUUGCUAAUGGAGGGGUCAGAUAUUCGUGACGCUGACCACCUUAUUGACAUUGAAAGGAGGUCUGAUAUUUCUUCUACUGGUCCUGACCGCCAUCAUGAUGAAGAAGGAGCUUCUUCUAGCAGUGCGCUGCCCACUCCUCCAUCAUCUUUGCUUUUUUCUAAUGGUGCAAACUCUAGAAACUCCCCGUUUACAAGGAGAAGUGAAGGGUCUGGCCGCCGGCGCAGGAACCCAUUCAAUUCUGGAAUAUGGAUUUUGAUUAAGCUAGUUUUUACUUUGAGUCAGAUUAUUGCCUCCACCAUUGUUUUAUCUUUAUCGAGGCAUGAGGACCGUCAAGUGUUUGCAUGGGCUAUUGUUUAUGCAUCUGGAUGUGUAGCUACCCUUCCUCUUCUGUGUUGGCGUUUUUUGCACCGCAACCAGGGUACUGAACAAGAUUCGACACAAGCACGCCAAGAUGCUCCCCAAAAUAAUCCUCCUCCUGAACCGUCUCCUUUUGGGGCUAUAUCCAUUACGCAAGGCACAGAUGAGGAGGCUCGCCAAACUGUUUCAUCUGCAAGAAAUGCUCAAAGCGUGAGGAUAAGCGCAAGGGUCACUCUCUGUUUAUUUGCAUCGCACUGCUUCUCUUUGUUGUGGCUUACUGUUGGCAAUCUCUGGAUAUUUAUACAUGGAAAGCACUUUUCUUCAGAUGAGGCGCCUAACUUGUACAGGUUCUGCAUGUUGUUUCUUAAGAUUUGUUGUGUUGUGUACCCCUGGGCAUACAUGAUAAUCUAUUGCACCUUGCUUUGUACAAUUAUUCUGGCUUUCCAUGAAAAUCGGAAUCAUACUAGAGGAGCUACCGCAGAAAUCAUAAAUGUUCUACCAAUAUACAAGUUCAAAUUGAAGAAGAAUGGAAAUGGAGAUGAUCGUGACGCCAAUGUGAAAGGAGUUGGGGACGGUGGUGGGACCUUAGCAGCUGGAACCGAAAAAGAGCGUCUCAUCUCAGGGGAAGAUGCAGAAUGUAGCAUUUGCUUAGCAGAGUAUGCAGAUGAUGAAACACUGAGGGAGCUUCCCUGUGCCCAUUUAUUUCAUGUGGAUUGUGUAGAUACAUGGUUGAAGAAAAAUGCUUCGUGUCCCCUCUGCAAGCGUGGCAUCGGGAAAAACAGUGGGAACUUGCAGACGUCUGCAGCAAAUCCCAACCAUCAGCGCUAGAGUGAAAGAAGGGUUACUAACGGAAGCCAUAAUUGUGUGAUUCAAGCUUGAGAUGUUACGUUAUGGUUACUAAUUGGUAGUUAGAAUUAGUCUUAAUUUUUAACAUGUUAAAUGUGAUAAUAUUAGGUGCCUGUAGAUGGAUUCAUCUGAGCCUGUCUUGUUUGUGUGAUGUGAUAUGUUACAGGUCGAUGAAUCCCACAAGUUCUUAAGAAAUAUUGGUUCCGAGUAUCGGCUUCUCCCAUAGGUUGGAAAAAAUGUUUAAACAUAUAUCUUAAUCAAAAUGUACAAUGAACACCUGAA